UCGGCUCACUGCAACCUUUGCCUCCUGAGUUCAAGUGAUUCUCCUGCCUCAGCAUCCCAAGUAGCUGGGAUUACAGGCACCUGCCACCACACCUGGCUAAUUUUUGUAUUUUUAGUAGAGACGGGGUUUCAUCAUGUUGGCCAGGCUGGUCUCAAACUCCUGACCUCAGGCGAUCCACCUGCCUCGGCCUCCCAAAGUGCUGAGAUUACAAGCUUGAGCCACCACGCCCGGCCGGUUGAACUUAUUUUUAUCUGUGUUGGCCAUUUGUAGUUUUUCUAUUAUGCUGGUUCCAUUUUUCUGACUUUGAAGAGCCUUUUGUGUAUCAAGGAAACGAAGCCUAAAGUAUAUGUGAGUACUGCUUUGUCAGUUUUUGUUUUAAAGAGACUUUUCAGUGUAAUGCAAGCAUUUUCCCUCGAAGGCUCUGUUUCCUGUCAAUCCUAAGCUUUCCUCCAGCAUUACCUUUUUAAAAAACUUUAUUUUCUAUAGUGAUGGGGGUCUCACUAUGUUGUCCAGGCUGGUCUUGAACUCCUGGCCUCAAGUGAUCCACUUGCCUUGUCCUCCCAAAGUACUGGGAUUAUAGGUGUGAGCCACCACACCCAGCCUGUUUUUCAAAGGGCAUUGAUUUUUUUCAUAAAACUUUUAUAAUUAAGAUCUGUGGGCCGGGUGCGGUGGGUCACGCCUGUAAUCCCAGCACUUUGAGAAGCUGAGUUGGGUGGAUCACGAGGUCAGGUAUUCGAGACCAGCCUGGCCAAAAUGGUGAAACCCUGUCUUUACUAAAAAUAUGAAAAUUAGCUGGGCAUGAUGGCACAUGCCUGUAAUCCUGCUGCUCGGGAAGCUGAGGCAGCAGAAUAGCUUGAACCCAGGAGGCAGAGUUUGCAGUGAGCCGAGAUCAUGCCAUUGCACUCCAGCCUGGGCGACAGAGCAAGGCUCCAUCUCAAAAAAAAAAAAUCUGUGUUGCACGUGGUACUUUUUGUGUGUGAGGAGUCCAGUGUGAAGAUUCAGACUUCAGGCAGCCACUUGUACAAGCACUGUCCUGUUUCCUCUGUGGCCUCACCUAGGUACGCUGAUUCCUCCACGGAAGAUGUGCUUCUGAGCGGUCUGUUGGGUGCUCUGCUGAUGAGCAUCACCCAGCGUUUUACGACACAUUUGCUGCCCCAGAGGGCCGGGCUCCCGUCAGAGCUCUUUUCCACUGGCUGGGUGCGGUGGCUCACACCUGUAAUCCCAGCACUUUGGGAGGCUGAGGCCAGUGGAUCACCUGAGGUCAGGAGCUCGAGACCAGCCUGGCUAACAUGGUAAAACCCCAUCUCUACUAAAAAUACAGAAAUUAGGUGCGUGUGGUGGCGCACACCUGUAAUCCCAGCUACUUGGGAGGCUAAGACACGAGAACUGUUUGAACCUGGGAGGUGGAGGCUGCAGUGAGCCAAGAUUGUGCCACUGUACCCCAGACUGGGUGACAGAACAAGACCCUGUCUCAAAAAAAAAAAAAAAAAGCUUUUUUCCAGAGCCAUCGUGUUAUCCUCAUAUAUUUAUUCUCCUAGAUGAAUUGUUGCUUAAGCAACAAUGAAGUUUAAAUUGUUCUUCAGGUAGAAUCCCCUAGGUGCCAGGCAGUUUGUUAAGCACUGACACCGCAGUCCUGUGACUUUCAUGACGACCUGUGACCUGUGGGAGGUAGAACACCUUACCCAUCCGUGGAAGCCCCUGGAGUGAGGGACAGGAGCCCCCGCCUCACCCAGCUCCCCGCGCCGCGGCUCUCCCCAGCCCUGGAUGCAGGCGCCCAGGAGACAUGUAUUGCUUUUGUUGAGCUGCUCGCUUAGGAGGGUGACUCAGAGUUCAAGCUGGAAAGCACUGGCUUGUGACUCAUGAGCCAGUCCAAGAUCAAACGGCUGAGGCAUCGAGGUGAGAGUUUCCCUUCCCAGAAGCCUCAUCUCCGCAGCCGGAAGCAGAGCCCUUGGCUGACAGGAAAAACCAGAGGCCCCGGGAGUGGGUGGAUGGCCAGCCCAGCCCCACCUCUCAGCCUCCACCUCGACCAGCCCACACCGAGCUUGUUUGUCUGUGUCCUGUCGAAACUAGGACUCCUGGAUUGUGACUUUUCUUACAUUUCCCUGUCCCAUGGGUCCUCCACUUAGGAUGUAAUCACACAGACAGGCUCUUCACUGUUUCAUAUCACUCACUUGGGAAAGUGUCUCAAGCUGUUCUACAAAUCCAUGCAAAAGCAGUUUAAAAAUAGCAGAGAAGGCCCUGGACUCGGUCUCGUCCAGCGCAGCCCCUUGGCUUUCUCUCCUGGAUCUGGCCGCCUGGCCCCCGGGGACACACACGAGGUCAUGGCAUGCUACAGGGAGGCGGGGAUCCCGUGGACACCUCAGCUCCUUAGAGUUCUCCGCCUGGGCCAGGACGGGCACGGGGGUCCCCACUGAUGCCCGAGACGGUGCCCCUGUGUGUGUGAGCCCUCGACCCACGUAACAGAGAGGUGUCCUGAUGCCCUCUGUCCU